GAAUUUUAUUUAUCGUUCAUUCUAUUUAGCGGGUGACUAAAAAUCUGGAAUCAUUUUUACUUUUUCAACAAAGAAAAAGAAUUAAUUCUAAAGAAGUGAACCACUCAAAUUCAGAAAAAUGGCUUUACAUGUUCCCAAAGGUCCUGGUGUGCCGUCAAUGCUCAAAGAUGGGGCUCGAAUGUUCUCCGGCUUAGAAGAAGCCGUCCACCGCAACAUAAACGCGUGCAAACAAUUCGCCCAAAGCGUCCGCUCGGCGUACGGCCCCAAUGGAAUGAACAAAAUGAUCAUCAACCACAUUGACAAGCAGUUCAUCACCAGCGACGCCGGCACCAUCAUCCGCGAGCUGGACGUGGAGCACCCGGCCGCCAAGCUCAUGGUGCUGGCCAGCCAGAUGCAGGACGCCGAGGUCGGGGAUGGCACCAACUUUGUCAUCGUCAUAUCUGGAGGUCUCCUAGAAGCGGCAGAGGAACUCCUCCGCCUCGGAGUCACCACCAGUGAAAUCGCUGAGGGCUACGAAAUGGCCCUCGACAAGUGCCUAGAAAUCCUACCAGAGCUGGUCUGCCAUGAGGUCAAAGACUUCAGGAACUAUGAGGAGGUCACUAGAGGCAUCCGCUCGUCUAUUAUGUCCAAGCAGUACGGCCAUGAGGACUUCAUCGCUGGUCUUGUAGCUAAGGCUUGCAUUUCUAUCCUGCCAGAAAACACCACAUUCAAUGUGGACAAUGUUAGGAUAUGCAAAGUCCUUGGAUCAGGUCUUCUACAGUCAGAAGUUCUACAGGGAAUGGUAUUCAAGAGGGAAGUGGAGGGUGACGUCACAUCUGCCACAAAGGCUAAAGUUGCCAUCUACUCCUGCCCUGUAGAUAUCACCCAGACUGAGACCAAGGGAACAGUUCUAAUAAAAACUGCAGAUGAACUGAUGAACUUCAGCAAAGGAGAAGAAUCCCUCCUUGAAAAACAGAUCAAGGAAAUUGCUGACACCGGUGUAAAAGUCAUUGUGGCUGGUGCUAAGUUUGGAGACAUGGCUCUUCAUUAUUUGAACAAAUAUGGUCUGAUGGCCGUCCGCCUUAACUCUAAGUUUGAUCUCCGCCGCCUUGCUAAGACUGUCAAUGGCACUGUCCUACCCAGACUGACGACACCCACAGCCCAGGAGCUGGGCUACGUCGACACAGUGCUAGUGGACGAGGUCGGCGACACCAGAGUGGUGGUGUUCCGCAUGGAGAGCUCCGAGUCCCGCAUCUCCACCAUCGUCAUCCGAGGAUCUACUGAUAACUAUAUGGAUGACAUUGAACGAGCCAUUGAUGACGGAGUCAACACUUUCAAGGGAAUUGCUCGAGAUGGGAAAUUCGUUCCCGGCGCUGGCGCCACAGAGAUCGAGUUGGCCCAACGUUUGUUCCAAUACGCGGACACGCUGCCCGGUCUCGAGCAGUACGCCGUGCGCAAGUUCGCGGUGGCUCUGGAGAGCGUACCGCGUGCGUUGGCCGACAACACUGGUUCUAAUGCCACGGAGGUCGUCAACGCUAUUUACAAGGCUCACAAGGAGGGCAACAAAAACGCCGGCUACGACAUCGACUCGGAAACGAGCGGCAUCUACGACGCCACGGAGAAAGGCGUGCUCGACCUGUACGUGCUGAAGAGUUGGGGUUUAAAGUACGCCGUGGGCGCCGCCUGCACCAUCCUCAAGGUGGACCAGAUCAUCAUGGCGAAGCGCGCGGGCGGGCCCAAGCCGAGACAGCAAGCCGGCAGCGACGACGAAUCUUAAACUAACUUUACCACUAUAGGUGCUUAUAUCCCAUUCCACGGGGAAAGACAUCGGACAGGAUCCUUACAUUCGAGUAAAGGUAUUUUUGUUUGUAUCAGAUGUCUUUCCCCGUGGAAUGGGAUAUAGUAAAAUAUAGCAUGAGUCCUGUGACAGAUGCUAAAUCAUAUCAUUCAUUUUGUCAUUUUUUAGUUUUCAACAUAAGGAAAACUAACUGUAUUUACCAGACAUAAGCAAACAAACGUUAUGAGACUCAUGCUAUAUUUUGCAAAGUAUACACACUUACAUCGCUAGUAUUCUUAUAGCCUUAUUUUAACUCUUAUUAAUAAUAAUGAUUAGUUCCGCUAUAUUUUUUGUCCGCGAUCGCACGCCACUGUGUUAUUUUUAACAUGCUUUAAUGAGAGUUUAAUUUGUAGCUUACUAAAAGCAGCAUUUGUUUCUGUUUAGGUAUAUUGUCACAAAUUGUGGCUGAAUUAAUUAAAUAAUAAAUAUACAUAUUUAUAUGAUAUA